GUCAAAGACAGCUGCAAAUGCACCUCACCGCGCACAUUUAUCACACUCGAACUGUGCUGGAUUGAGACUGGCCACCACCCGCGCUACGCUCCUAUAGAAUCUGGGCCCUCACGUGCUGCCGACCACCACCUCCCGCCAUCCGAGGCUUCCGGCUCCUACGAUGCCGCCACUCCGGACGUUCCAAGCAGGGACGGCGUCGGUGGCCGCUGCGGCCGCCCUCGGAGCCGCGCUGCUGGCCGUCGAGUGGAGGAGGGGGCGGCUGAGCCGCGCUCUGCGGAGGCUAGUCCCAGGGCAGGUCGCUGCCAGGGCGGGCCCCGUGGUUCUCCUCACCCGCGACGAGCACCAGCAGGGCCCCUGGUUGCUCGACCUCAGGCGGGCGCUGCUGGCACUCGGCGCGGAGGUCGAGGUCCUGCCGCUGUCGGGCUUCCGGCGCCCGAGCGCCAGUUGGCGAGUGCUCGUGAAUCGCGUCUCGGACGCCGCGCCGCCCGCCGACGUGAAGGUGUGUUGCGCAGCCCUUCGGGGUGCCGAGGUCGUCGGAGUGCCAGUGGUCAACGGCGUUUGGCCGUACACGCUGGCGACGUCGAAGGCGAUGCAUUACGAGCUCUUCGCCGCAGUGGGCGCACCCACGCCGCCCUACGUGGUGCUGAGGCGCGGCGGCCCAGCCCCCGCGCAGGCGGCCGCCGAGGCCGGCCUGCGGGCGCCGCUGCUGCUGAAGCCCAGCGCGGGCGGCUUUGGGAAAGGCAUUGUCAGGCUCGACGGGCCGGACGACCUGCAGCGCUGCCAGGGCGCGUGCGAGGAGCUGUCCGCUGCGCUGGGUGAGGAGGGCGUCGCCCUGCUCCAGGAGUUCCAGGAGCCCGACGAGGGAUGCACGUACCGGGCCUGGUUCCUCCAGGGCCAGGUGCAUUGCGGCGUCAGGGUCCGAGCGCCGAGCUUCAACGCCUGCGUGGGCGGCGCCCCGCACGAGCCGUGGCCGGUGCCCACGGACAUUGCCACGCUUUGCUGCCGCAUGGCCGAGCUGGCCGGUGCCGACUGCGGGUCGGUGGAGUGGCUCUAUGCGGGGGGGCGGCCCUGGUUCUUCGACUUCAACCUGCUCUCCACGCUGCCUGAGGCCGCGCCCCAGGGCGACCCGUACGAGCAGCUGGCCCGAGCGGUGCUCGCCAGGGCGGAGGGGCGCCUGGCGUAGAGCGGCCCGCGCACGCCCUCGUAGGUCCGGGCGGACGGCCAACCGUUGUGCGGCCUUCGCGCGGCCUUCGGACGCGUCGCCGCUCGGAGCCCAGGGCGCCCUCUGGACGCCGGG